CUAAGAUACUCUUGUUUCCCUCCUUGACAACUUUGGCUGGGGUGCGCUGGCUGCGGACCCGGCUCCGGCCCCCGCGGGAGCAGCACCCCUUGGGGGAAAGACAUUCUCUGCUCCCACCAAGUUGUCAGGGCCUGCUUCCUGAAUCUCCUGGGUGUGUCUUAACUGCUGGUCCCAGCACCGCCUGCAAGCCCCCCUCUCUCCUCCAGUGGUCACGGUGGAAGGAUCAUGGGAGAAACAGAAGGGAAGAAAGAUGAGGCUGAUUAUAAACGCCUGCAGACCUUCCCUCUGGUCAGGCACUCGGACAUGCCAGAGGAGAUGCGAGUGGAGACCAUGGAGCUCUGUGUCACGGCCUGUGAGAAAUUCUCCAACAACAACGAGAGUGCCGCCAAGAUGAUCAAAGAGACGAUGGACAAGAAGUUCGGCUCCUCCUGGCACGUGGUGAUCGGCGAAGGCUUUGGGUUUGAGAUCACACACGAGGUGAAGAACCUCCUCUACCUGUACUUCGGGGGCACCCUGGCCGUGUGCGUCUGGAAGUGCUCCUGACACUGCCCCAUCCCCUGCCCCGUCCCCUACCAUUCACCAGGGAUGGGGAGCAGCCCCAGGCAGGUGCUGGUUUUUCAGAGCACAGUCUGGGGUCUUCUCUUUUGUCCUGCUAUGCCAGUGUCCUGAGCUCUGCCCAGUGUGUGAAUUUGUUGACCUCUCUAUCC